AUGCCUUGGCUCCGAGACGUCAAAUACUCGCAGGGCGAAUGCAUCGCCUUGAUCCACGACUACUAUAACUUCCUCAUAAAAAUGUAUGCUGACGAGUCGGCCUUCAUCUGGCCUCCUCCAGACGGCUGGCCGACAAUCACAGCAGCAAGCCUACGAGGAUUGGGCAAGUCAAACGACGUAAUCGAGUUACUCCGUCACAUACCCUAUAGACGAGUCAAUACGGAGAUCCAGAGUGCCCCCUAUAGCACAUUCUUGGACUGGACUUGGGUCGGCAAAUGCGGUGUACAACAAGGAGACGAGGACUGGAAGGUUGAUGCGGAGGGCAUCGCCAACUACCAAAACGUGCCAUCUACUGUUGUGGGCCUUACAGAAGAACUGGGCGUCGUCUACGGGGUCGGAUGUCAGGGUGAGCUUCAGGAAGACACUGCAAGGGAACAAAUCCUUGACAAUCCAGAGGAUUAUGCGGCAGAAGGCGAGGUCGACUGGCGCAGCGACGGGGCAUGCUGGAGUAUUCCCGAUUGUUUUGAGGUCCUGAAGACCAUUAUCGGCAACUUCACUUUGUUCCGAUAA